UCCGGCAUCCCGGUCCCGCCCCGUCGUCGGCGGUGACGGGAGCACGCCGAGGGUGACUUCACCCUCCAACAUGGCGGCGGCGGUAGAUUAGAGCCGCGGGUGGAAGUAGUCAUCGCCGUUGGGGGACCCUGUCGGAAGCAACUGCCGCCGCCGACGCCUCUUUCAUCUCUUCUGGGGCAGGGGCCAGGGCCAGGUCUGACACAUCUGUAAGUAAACCUCCUGGGGACUCUGUGAGCCAAAUCAAUGGCGUCUUCUACUACAGUACCUCUAGGAUUUCACUAUGAAACAAAGUAUGUCGUUCUCAGCUACUUGGGACUCCUCUCUCAGGAGAAGCUACAAGUGCAACGGCUUCCCUUACCCCAAGGGAUUCAACUAGAUGUAGCUUCACAAUCUCUGGACCCAGAAGUUUUAUUGAAAGUUAAAUCUGAAAUUGAAGAAGAGCUAAAAUCCCUGGACAAAGAAAUUUCUGAAGCCUUCACCAGCACAGGCUUUGAUCGUCACACUUCUCCUGUGUUCAGCCCUGCUAACCCAGAAAGCUCAAUAGAAGAUUGCUUGGCCCAUCUUGGAGAAAGAUUGUCCCAAGAACUGAAAGAACCUCUGCGUAAAGCAUUGCAAAUGCUCCUCAGCCAGCCAGUGACAUAUCAGGCAUAUCGAGAAUGUAUACUGGAGACUGCAGUUCAUGCCAGCGGCUGGAAUAAGAUUUUGGUGCCUCUGAUUUUGCUACAACAAAUGCUUUUGGAGUUGACAAGACGUGGUCAAGAGCCUUUGAGUGCACUGCUGCAGUUUGGCGUGACGUAUCUGGAGGACCAUGCAGCAGAGUACAUCAUUCAGCAAGGUGGCUGGGGCACUGUCUUCAGUCUUGAGUCCGAGGAGGAGGAAUAUCCUGGCAUCGCUGCAGAAGAUAGCAAUGACAUUUACAUUCUGCCCAGUGACAAUUCUGGACAAGUCAGCCCCCCAGAGUCACCAACCGUUACAACCUCUUGGCAGUCGGAAAGCCUGCCUGUCUCAAUGUCAGCGAGCCAGAGCUGGCAUACAGAAAGCCUCCCAGUGUCCCUUGGCCCUGAGUCCUGGCAGCAGAUUGCAAUGGAUCCUGAAGAAGUCAAAAGCUUGGAUAGCAACGGAGCUGGAGAGAAGAGUGAGAACAACUCUUCCAACUCUGAUAUUGUGCAUGUGGAGAAAGAAGAGAUCCCUGAGGGUGCGGAGGAGGUGGCCGGGGCUGCUUCUGCUGUGCCUACCAGGGAGCCACAAGAGGCUUUGCCCGGAGCCCCUGCUCCCUUGCUUCCACACAUCACUGCCACUUCUUUGCUGCAGACAAGGGAACCUGACCCGGAAGUGAUCACAGUUGAGGAAGUCAGCCCUGCUCCAUCUCUGUUCGUAGAACUCAGUGAAGAAGAGGUAAGAGCAGCCACCAUGGAGCCUCAUGAAGUGGAUGAGGGGGUGCCCCCUUCACUGCUGAGGGAAAAGGAGGCUCCUGUGAGGAAGGAGAGGCUCAGGAGGGAGUGCCCCCCUGCCCAGGAGGUAAAGGCCCUCCCCGUGCCUGAGGCCAAGUCUGUACUGCUCUUCGGAGGGGCUGCUGCUGUGGCCCUCCUGGCAGUGGCAGUUGGGGUCGCCCUGGCUCUGAGAAGAAAAUAGUGGCUUUUUCAGAAGAGAAAGAAGAUGAAAAGGGUCUAAGGUUUUAGUUGUAUUAGCUGGAAUUUGAGGUGCCAGCAUCUGAUUGGACAUUUAAGGAACACGCUGAGAGAAUUGGGAAUGUCUGCUCAACAAGCAGUGGCCUGACCCACACAUUGGGGCCAGUGGUAGAUAGAGUGCAUUCACUAUGAUCUCAUCGUCAGUUCCAAGGGCCUUGGCUCGUGCUAGACUCAGAAUCAUGACUAAAGUACUCCCUGUAGAACAGGGUUUCUUGGCGUUUCAAUGCUCCCCUGUUAGAGAGGCUCCUGUGAACUGGAGGAUGUCAGCAACGUCGCUGGCCUCUGCCCACUAGAUGCUGGUAGCACCCCAUCCCAGUGAGGAAACCAAAAAUGUCUCAGACAUUGCUAAAUGUCCCCUGUGGGCAAAGUCACCCCCUGUGGAGGUCCACUGCUUUAGAGGGAGAGGGUUACUUUUGGGAAACCCAGGGUAGAAACUCCCAGGCUUAGCUGUGGGUUUAGUUUGUCUUGAUGAACAGCCUGUGUUCCGCAGCAGCUCCUCUUUUGCCUCCUCUUCCCCCACCAUCCUGUAGUGUAAGGGCGCUGUCCCUGGGUCACACCACCCCACAGGCACUGUGCUGCUCUUCUCCCCAUGUCCCCAGGCGGUCUGUGCGAGAGGGUUCAUCUGCCCCAUGCCUCUGCCAUGCCCGAUGAGCCCCCGAGGCUUCCUGCAGCUUCACUUUGCAGAGAUGCUGCCUUUAUGAAUCUUGAAAGAAUUAAAUAGACAGUAACAAAAAUCCAGGCCCAGGCUUCCCUAACCUGUAAGUUACUGGCUGCAGAGACAUCUGUCUUUAGAGGCAGGGUGGUGACCCGACCAGGGGGCCUCUUCAAGCCCUUUUUGUCACGGUCACCCCACUUUCCUGUAGUGACUGGCUUGCCAGCACCUCGGGGAUCGUGUGCUGCUGUCUGGCCCUGGGUCAGUAUAUUCCAGUAUCUGGCCUGUCCCAGGACUGGUUGUCCAGCUCUGUGGGUCUCUUAUUAUGUGGUAUUAUGAGGAUUGUCAUCCUCACACUUACAGAGCGAAUUGGGACAUAUUAACUGUGCUAUCAUUGAAAUAAAAUGAUAAAUAUUUUAUCAAUCCCAAAUAUCACUGAAAUUUAAAGUGAGAAUAAAAAGCUUAAACUUUAAGUCUGAGGCUACCGUGAGGUUCUAGUUUGGCCUUCACAGUAUGGAGGCCUCUUCACCUGAACUCUUCACGGCCCAGAUGCCAAGGGAAAGAAGCUGGAGGGACCCAGGCCACUGUGCGGUUGAGGGGCAGCAUGGCUGAUCCCACCCCUCAGGAGGGGUGGGGCUGUGUCCUUUCACAGCUGAGGGGCACAGUGACUCUGCAGGGCCCACAAGCUUGAUAAGAAGUCAUCUCAGAUUUAUCUUAGUGGAUGUAACAAAUUACUUUUUAGAUCCUGAAAUUUAUAAUAAAAAUACUUUACCUACCCUGAUCACUAAGACCUGACGUUUUGAAUGUGCUUUCUUUUUAAAGUUAAAUUUUGAAAAUCUCCUAAAGCAAUACUUUUUUUUUUUUUUUUGGUACCAGGGAUCGAACUCGGGCCCUUGCACUUGUGCAGCAGGCAGCGAAACCACUGAGCUAAAUCCCUGGCCCCCUAAAGCAAUACUUUUUAAAGCUGGUUAAGAAGAGACCGGGUGUGUAUUCGUGUUUUACAGACCUAUCAUCCUCUCUGUCUCUGUUCCGAAUCUCAGUGUCCAGUUAGAGAGUGAUACAGUGGGGCUCAGUUCACAAACGCUUUUUGCAAAGUUUGGUUUGCAAACAAGCAUUUGCCAACAGCAUUUGUUUUUGUUUGCAAACUCUGCAUCGGGUGGCAAACACAGGUAUAGCCAUCUUUCCCACACAAACACAAAGGUGGCCAUCUUUCCAGAAUCGUAGAACAGAUGAAGUUCGUGAACCGAGGUAGCACUGUGUUUGUGAGGGUUUGGAUGUAUCUUGGUGUGAUGUGGCUGGAGGUGAGGGCAGAACAAGGCGAGGGAGGUAAUGUUGUCUCCUUGGGCUCUGCUAGUUGCCCGGGAUUAGUGUGUACUCUAAUUGUUAUAUUUGUGUUUGCAUAGGUUAAGAGCAGAGGGACUGGUAAGUUCCCUUGAUUUUUUUCAAAAAUCUUUUCACAAUAAAGUAUUUUCCUUCCAGUGUUACUCUGGAUCCUCACAGCUAUUGGCUGAGCACAUUUAAGUGCUAACAGAAGUUUGGUUGUUUUGUGAGCUGCUAAGAGGCAAUAAAUAUGUGGCUUAGAUAUUUUGGGUCUGUAUUCUCCACCAAGGCAAGAAUAAGGAAGCCAUGAGUUGAGCUGACACUUGCUACUUUUUUAUUGUCCCACCCAUUGAACAUUAAAGUAUUUUGGCCAAGUAUAUUUUCAGGGUGAUGGUAAAUACUCUCUUCCGUUGACUUUCCUGAGUGAUAGAGUUUGUCAGAAUCUCUAUUCUUUCUUCACUUCCUUCUUUGCUCCCCUGGCCAAGGGCCCACAUUGAGGGUUGCUGCUUACUGCAGCUCCUGGGUUUUGCAGGUACAUAUUUAAAAAAUUAUUUCUCAAGUCCUUCUCCUCUUUUAGGGCCUGAUAGGAGGCCCUUCCUUCUCAUUCCCUGACUCACAUAAUAUCUAACUCUAGGUGAAGGAGAGAUUCAGAAUACACCCAGUUUAGAGACUGCAGGUAUCAGAAUUAAGAGCAUCACCCCAUUUGUCCUCCUGCAUUCUUUGUGAACUGUACAGGGAAAGUUUGAUUAGUUCUGUAGGACUUUUUUUUGUAGCUGAGGUUCUCUUGGGCCUUGUCCAUUUUAAGCACAUGCUUGACCACUGAGCUACACCCUCAGCCCUCUGUAGAACUCUUAACUGCUCUAUUGAAUGUCAUGAUUUCUUAUCACUUGGCAUAAAGCCAGUGAAGGUUUUCUCAGAAAAAUACAAGGGUUAAAGAAUGUCAGCUCAUCCUCUGUACUGAUGUGGUGAUUCAGAGCCCACAGACCCAUGCCUUAGGAGGACACUCAGGAUCUUUACUGCCCUCUAGGGCACAUUCUUGGUCAGGGAACAGAUUGUUGACCUGAUUGUGCAUCCCCCACCCCAGGGCAUCCCUGAUUCUUCUGCUUGCUGGUGUGCCUGUCCAUCUCACAGCAAAUGCAGCCACCGCCUAGGUUUGGGGGCAGUAAACAGUGAACUCAGAGAUGUUUUGAACCACAACCGAUGGUCUCAGGCUUUGUGCCAGUUCCAUCUGAUGAUACAGAAGCAAUGCCUGCUCCUUGGCGUUUUCUCUGAAGGUGUGUGUGUGACAUGGACAUUUGACUUUUGGAUUAAGAGCCAUUUCAUAGAAAUAAAAGAUUGUGUAGGUAAGAAUUUUUUCCUUUCUCAGUUUCUUUUCACAGAUUCUCUUCCACAAAACUUGAGGUAUAAUGACCAUAUUAUUUAGCAAGAGGGUCCAUACUUGAUCCCUGAUAGGCUCAACUGUUCAUUCACUGUGCCAGAACCCAGACUUGCUGUUAAAUAAAGAUCACCUCCCCACUGGGAGAUUAGUGUUUAGGAGGUGCUUGUUUUCCAUAUUAGUGUCCUCUUCCUAGAAAAAAACUGUAGGAAACUUUAAUUUUUGCAGAUGUUGAGCAUUUGCAACAUGCCUGUAGUUGUUGCAGUGCUCUCAUGGGCCUUAGUACACCUGUACCUUUGUGGUUCUGAUAGCUAUUCCUAUCCCUUUGCUUCCCAUAACACUGAGAGUCUUAUGUAGCCCAGGCUAGCUUCAAAACUCAUGGCAGGGGUUGGGGAUGUAGUUCAGUGUCUCCACGCCUGCCUGGCAAGUGCAAGGUCUUGAGUUUGAUCCCUGGUAUAGAUGUUGGGGUGGGGGGGACGACUUCACAGAAAUCCUGCCUCAGCCUCCCAAGUGCUGGCGUGAUACAUGUGCAACACCAUGCCUGGCUGCUGUUUUGUCCAGGUUCUUAUGCUGUGAUUGUGCAAAGUUGGCAGUGUUGGUGGGCUGGGACAGGGGCCAAGACUAAGUGCCAGCCCGCAGCCGUAUGCGUCUUUGCUCUGCUCGCCUGUUUGGUGUCUAUAGAGGUACUGUAUCGGUGUAAGUGCUGAGCGUGUUCUACUGUGGAAAAAUAAGGUGGUGGCCAGGGCUUCUCUGAUGGCACCAAAUGGAUGUCUUCCCUCAGUGCCAGAUGAGGUCCUUGUCAUUGCUGGUGACUCUUCACCAGCUCUUAGUGUGCUGGUUUGCUUGUGAACAAGGCUGUGUGAUGUGACACAGGAAUCAAGUGCCGAGUGGGACAGGUGAAAGUGCUGACACAUUUUUCUCUUCUGGUUCUUGGUCCCAUCGCUUUUUCCUUGCGGAAGCUGUCAGCCCCGGGGUGGGGAUGUGGGUGGGGAUGUGGGUGAGGUGCGGAACACCUAUAGGGUUCGAGUGGCCUCUUGCCCCUCAGGUUACCAGUUCAGGGCUGGCUGGGAACAUCAUGCUCAGCCGAUGGAUGACUUCGGUGAAAAUCCUCAGCCUCCCACAGCAGUCAUGGCAACUGCACUCGGUUACAGAAAGUCAGCUCCGCAGUGCACAAGACUAUCCUGUAGUUGGGUCAUGUGUGAGGAGGGUUCCUCAAUUGGAAACUCAUGAUACUAAGGUACUACUAAUACAGCCCAUGUUCCCCUGCUUCAUGCAGGGCUGGCUAACCUCAGCCUGCCUUGCCAUGUUCCUGUGCAUCCAAACCCUCAGGGUCUUUCCCAUGUUUGUUUACACCCUCAGAGCCCUUGCUAAACAGUGCUCAGUGUCCCUCAGGUAGGAAUUGUUCUCAGGGUUAGAAGCAGCAGUUGGCUCAGGUGAUUCUUACUGUUCUCGCCUCUCUGUGGGGACACAUUACAGUGCUGCUUGCUUCAGGGGCUGCUCUUUGCAUCAUCAGAAGAAACUAGUCCCUGAAUGUACUAUGUAAACAGAAGUUACUGGUUUGGUGCCUCCUCCAAGAAAGGAAGCAGAUGGCCAUUUUCUCUGUGAAGAGCCUAGACUAGGUCCAUUUCUGAAAUGCUUUGUGUACACAGCACUGUUGGCUAGCACCAAAAAGAAAGAUGGGAUUUAUUUUUUCCUAGACCUGUACUUUCCUAUUGCAGUCUUCCAUUUCUGUCUUCCUUCAGAAUAAAAGUGCCUCUUUCUACAUAACUCAUUUCUUAAUUAAAUUGGUUCCAAUGUCCUCAUCUCUCCCAGAAUGCUGGAAUUAAAUGCUAAUUUUGGCAAUUAA